AGUUCCUCCCCGGCUCGGCUGCCCCUGCCCGGCCCUAGAGGGAGCGCCUGUAGCCAGCGCCCGGAGAAAGGAGUAAGGAGGCGCGCGGCUUUCCGCCCAGGCCCAGGGCCCCGGUGCAGCCUGGACACAGUAUUCAAGGUCUUGGCGUCUGAGCAUUAUUAUGCCUUAUUUUCAAGCUUUGUUAACGGUAUUUAAACCUUUGAGAUGUUUCCAUUAAUUGGAAAAACAAUCAUCUUUGAUAACUUUCCUGAUCCUUCUGAUACGUGGGAAAUCACUGAGACAAUUGGCAAAGGAACUUAUGGGAAAGUUUUUAAAGUAUUGAAUAAGAAAAAUGGCCAAAAAGCAGCAGUCAAAAUUCUUGAUCCAAUUCACGAUAUUGAUGAAGAGAUUGAAGCAGAGUAUAACAUCUUAAAAGCACUUUCUGAUCACCGUAAUGUGGUCAGAUUCUAUGGGAUAUACUUUAAGAAGGAUAAAGUAAAUGGAGACAAGCUGUGGUUGGUUCUUGAGCUGUGCAAUGGAGGAUCAGUGACUGACCUUGUGAAAGGAUUUCUGAAGAGGGGUGAAAGAAUGAGUGAGCCUCUAAUUGCCUAUAUUUUACAUGAAGCACUAAUGGGACUUCAACAUUUGCAUAACAACAAAACUAUCCACAGAGAUGUGAAAGGAAAUAACAUUCUAUUGACCACUGAAGGUGGAGUGAAACUAGUAGAUUUUGGUGUGUCUGCACAGCUUACCAGUACCCGGCACCGUCGGAACACAUCCGUAGGAACACCGUUUUGGAUGGCUCCUGAGGUGAUUGCGUGUGAACAGCAAUUGGAUACCACUUAUGAUGCCAGAUGUGACACUUGGUCCCUGGGUAUAACGGCCAUUGAGUUGGGUGAUGGAGAUCCUCCACUAGCUGACCUGCAUCCCAUGAGAGCACUCUUCAAAAUACCAAGGAAUCCACCCCCAAAACUAAGGCAGCCUGAGCUAUGGUCAGCAGAAUUCAAUGACUUCAUAAGCAAGUGCUUGACUAAAGAUUAUGAAAAGCGUCCAACAGUGUCAGAUCUUUUACAACAUAAAUUCAUUACUCAAAUUGAGGGCAAAGAUGUGAUGUUACAAAAACAAUUAAUGGAAUUCAUUGGCAUCCAUCAAUGCAUGGGAGGCACAGAAAAGGCCAGACAUGAACGUAUUUACACCAAGAAAGGGAACUUCAACUGGUCUCUAAUAUCCAAUCUGAAGGAUGUAGAUGAUUUAGCAACCCUAGAAGUUUUGGAUGAGAAUACAGUCUCAGAGCAACUUGAGAAGUGUUAUUCCAGAGAUCAGAUCUAUAUCUAUGUGGGAGACAUACUCAUUGCUCUUAACCCUUUUCAGAGUCUGGAUCUUUACUCCACAAAGCAUUCCAAACUAUAUAUUGGAUCAAAGAGAACUGCCAGUCCUCCUCACAUUUUUGCAAUGGCUGACUUAGGAUAUCAAUCUAUGAUAACAUAUAAUUCAGAUCAGUGCAUUGUUAUUUCUGGAGAAAGUGGUGCUGGAAAGACAGAAAGUGCUCAUCUUUUAGUUCAGCAGCUGACAGUGCUUGGAAAGGCUAAUAACAGAACCUUGCAAGAGAAGAUUUUACAAGUAAACAAUUUGGUAGAAGCCUUUGGCAAUGCCUGCACUAUUAUAAAUGACAAUUCUAGCCGAUUUGGAAAAUACUUAGAAAUGAAAUUCACCUCUUCUGGAGCUGUAGUGGGAGCACAGAUUUCUGAAUAUCUCCUGGAAAAAUCCCGAGUUAUCCACCAAGCUAUUGGAGAAAAAAAUUUUCAUAUUUUUUACUACAUUUAUGCUGGUUUGGCUGAAAAGAAGAAACUAGCCCAUUACAAACUGCCUGAAAAUAAGCCUCCCAGGUACCUACAAAAUGACCACCUCAGAACAGUACAAGACAUCAUGAAUAAUAGUUUCUAUAAAUCCCAGUAUGAAUUAAUUGAGCAAUGUUUCAAAGUCAUAGGUUUUACAAUGGAGCAACUUGGAAGCAUAUACAGUAUACUGGCUGCAAUCUUGAAUGUUGGCAACAUUGAAUUUUCUUCUGUGGCAUCUGAACACCAGAUUGACAAGAGCCACAUUUCUAAUCAUACAGCCCUGGAGAACUGUGCUUCUUUGCUUUGUAUUCAGGCAGAUGAGCUACAAGAAGCUCUCACCUCCCACUGUGUGGUCACUAGAGGAGAAACAAUUAUACGACCCAACACUGUAGAAAAAGCUACCGAUGUCAGGGAUGCCAUGGCUAAAACCUUAUAUGGACGUCUCUUUAGUUGGAUAGUCAACUGCAUUAACAGUUUGUUGAAGCAUGACUCAUCACCAAGUGGGAAUGGUGAUGAGCUGAGCAUUGGCAUUCUUGAUAUAUUUGGCUUUGAAAAUUUCAAAAAAAAUUCCUUCGAGCAGCUGUGCAUUAACAUUGCAAAUGAACAAAUUCAGUAUUAUUAUAAUCAACAUGUGUUUGCAUGGGAACAGAAUGAAUACCUAAAUGAAGAUGUGGAUGCUAGAGUUAUUGAAUAUGAGGAUAACCGGCCCCUUUUAGAUAUGUUUCUGCAAAAGCCAAUGGGUUUACUUUCCCUACUUGAUGAAGAAAGUAGAUUUCCCAAGGCCACUGACCAGACUCUUGUAGAAAAAUUUGAAGGUAACCUGAAAUCACAGUACUUCUGGAGACCCAAAAGAUUGGAACUUAGUUUUGGAAUUCACCAUUAUGCAGGAAAGGUCCUCUAUAAUGCAAGUGGAUUCUUAGCCAAAAACAGAGACACUCUUCCAACUGAUAUUGUGCUACUUUUGAGGUCAUCCGACAACAGUGUAAUUAGGCAACUAGUCAACCACCCUCUGACCAAAACAGGUAAUCUGCCACAUUCUAAAACUCAAAACGUUAUAAACUAUCAAAUGAGGACUUCAGAAAAAUUAAUCAACCUGGCAAAGGGCGACACUGGAGAAGCCACGCGUUAUGCCAGAGAGACAACCAACAUGAAAACACAAACAGUUGCAUCAUAUUUUAGAUAUUCCCUGAUGGAUUUGUUGUCUAAAAUGGUGGUGGGCCAACCUCAUUUUGUCCGUUGCAUCAAACCAAAUAAUGAGCGUCAGGCAAGAAAAUAUGACAAAGAGAAAGUUCUGCUGCAGCUUCGGUACACAGGAAUUCUGGAAACAGCAAGAAUUCGAAGGCUAGGAUUCUCCCAUCGGAUACUUUUUGCUAAUUUUAUAAAGCGGUACCACGUUCUCUGCUACAAGUCGAGCGAGCAGCCCCCCAUGAGCCCUGACACCUGUGCCACCAUUUUGGAAAAAGCUGGUCUUGAUAACUGGGCUCUUGGAAAAACAAAAGUGUUCCUUAAAUAUUAUCACGUGGAACAGUUAAAUCUAAUGCGAAAGGAAGCUAUUGACAAGCUUAUUUUGAUUCAAGCUUGUGUCAGAGCAUUCUUGUGUUCAAGAAGAUACCAAAAAAUACAGGAGAAAAGGAAGGAAAGCGCUAUAAUAAUACAGUCAGCUGCAAGAGGACACCUUGUCAGGAAACAAAGAAAAGAAAUUGUUAACGUGAAAAACACAGCAGUAACAACCAUUCAGACUUCUGAUCAGGAAUUCGACUACCAGAAAAACUUUGAAAAUACAAGGGAAUCUUUCAUGAAGAAACAAGCAGAAAAUGCAAUCUCUGCUAAUGAAAGAUUCAUUUCAGCUCCAAAUAAUAAAGGAAGUGUAUCUGUAGUGAAGACUUCCACUUUCAAACCUGAAGAGGAAACCACCAAUGCUGUGGAGAGUAACAACAGAGAGUAUCAGACUCCAAAAAAAAUGAAUAAUGUGUAUGAAGAAGAGGUUAAGCAAGAAUUCUACCUUGUAGGGCCAGAAGUAAGCCCCAAACAGAAGUCUAUCAAAGACCUGGAAGAGAACAGCAAGCUAACGAAAGUAGAGAAAGAGGAAGCUAUGAUCCAGAGUUACUGUCAGAGGUACACAGAGGAGAGGAAUUGUGAAGAGUCGAAAGCAGCAUAUCUAGAAAGGAAGGCCAUGUCGGAAAGGCCAAGCUACCCAGUGCCUUGGUUAGCUGAAAAUGAGACUUCCUUUAAAACAAUUUUGGAACCUACACUUAGCCAAAGGUCAGUUUAUCAAAAUGCAAAUAGCACGGAAAAAGAAAAGAAGACAUCUGUAGUUACCCAGAGUGCACCGAUAUGCAGCCCGGAGGGAGGCGGAAGCCAUCGGAGGCAUGAGACAGUCAAAGAGAGGCAAGCUGAACCGGUGACACAGGCCCAGGAGGAAGAAGAUAAAGCAGCGGUAUUCAUUCAGAGCAAAUACCGGGGUUACAAGAGAAGGCAGCAGGUGAGGAAGGACAAGAUGUCUUCUUUUAAGCAUCAGAGGAUUGUCACAACACCAACAGAAGUAGCAAGAAACACUCAGAAUUUGUAUUCCUAUCCCACAAAACAUGAGGAAACCAAUAAUAUCAAGAUGAAGGAUAACAAAGACUCGAAAGCAACUUCAGAAAGAGAAGCAUGGGAUUUGGCAAUAUUUUCAAAACAGGUAUGUAUCUCUAAAGGAGAGGAGCCAAAAAUAUUGAGACCCCCAAGACGACCCCGGAAACCCAAAACAUUAAAUAACCCUGAAGACUCCACAUACUAUUAUCUACUACAUAAGUCAAUCCAAGAAGACAAACGAAGACCAAGGAAAGACAGUCAGGGAAAAUUAUUAGAUUUGGAAGAUUUCUAUUAUAAGGAAUUUUUGCCCAGUCGUUCUGGACCAAAGGAACAUAGCCCUAGUUUAAGAGAACGAAGACCACAGCAAGAACUCCAGAAUCAAUGUAUUAAGGCUAAUGAAAGGUGCUGGGCGGCGGAGAGCCCCGAGGAGGAGGAGGAGAAGAAGAAGGAGGAGGAGAGAGGGGCAGCAGCCAACCCCUACGACUUCAGGAGGCUCCUGCGCAAAACCUCCCAGCGCCGGCGCCUAGUCCAGCAGUCCUAGCCGCGCAACCAGGCAGACACCGCCGUCGGAAGGCGCUUGAGCCUGCAGGGCAGCAGAGGCCGAGCAGGCACUCGGGCUGGCACCAGCAGGCACUGAAGCUGCGGCCCUGAUCUCCGCAGAGGGUGCCUGCUGCGCUCGGCCCUCAAGUUCCCGGGCUGGCCUUCCGUGCCCCGAAAGAAGAGACCUGGGAGCCCUCGGAAAACCUCCCCCGACGCCUUCUGUCCGAACUCCCGCACCCUCCUUUCUCACCAGCCCGCCAGUUGCGGCAUCCCUGAAUCGAUCUCUUUGUUCUUUUUUUUUUUUUUUUUUAAACUCCUGUGGCCUCCACUGCGUCUGGGAUCUCGCCAACCUCUCUCUCAUUUGGGGUGACUUCACAGAUGUUUUUCUUGGAAACGGCUUUUCUUAGCCAACAGAACACAUGCUAGCGGUUGAAUCUUAAGAGAAAAAAGCCCGCGAGGGGUGGGGAGAAUUUCGAAGAUGUACUUCAUCUCAAACUUGCUCUUUCUCUUCCUUUGGUUACUAAGGUUGCUAAAUAAAGGAAGUGCCUUGGAAAACCCGUG